AUGGCUGAAGAACGUGCUGCUCCCCUCCGUCUGGGCUCUACUGCCCCCAACUUCACCACCGACACCUCCAACGGCCCCAUCACAUUCCACGACUACAUCGGCAACAGCUGGGCUAUUCUCUUCUCCCACCCUGAUGACUUCACCCCCAUUUGCACCACCGAGCUUGGUGCUUUCGCCAAGCUUGAGCCCGAGUUCACUGCUCGUGGUGUCAAGCUGAUCGGUCUCAGCGCCAACGGCACUGAGUCUCACAAGGCCUGGAUCAAGGAUAUCGACGAGGUCACCGGCUCCAAGCUCACCUUCCCCAUCAUCUCCGACCCCGAGCGCAAGAUUGCUUACCAGUACGACAUGGUUGACUACCAGGACACCACCAACGUUGACUCCAAGGGCAUGGCUCUUACCAUCCGUUCCGUCUUCAUCAUCGACCCCGCCAAGAAGAUCCGCCUCAUCAUGACCUACCCUGCCUCCACCGGUCGCAACACCGCUGAGGUUCUCCGUGUCAUUGAUGCCCUCCAGACGACCGAGAAGCACGGUGUCACCACCCCCAUCAACUGGCUACCUGGUGACGAUGUUGUCAUUCCUCCUCCUGUCUCCACCGAGGAUGCUCAGAAGAAGUUCGGCGAGGUCCGCGUCGUCAAGCCUUACCUGCGCUUCACCAACAUUGAGAAGAAGUAA